UCAAAUCCUUCAAAAUUCACAAAUUCAUCGCAUUUUCUCACUGAUUUUCCCGAGAAACAAACAGCCCAAAACAUCCCAAAUCCCUCCAAAUCCUUCAAUCUUCCCAACUCCAAUCCCAAAUGGCUCGUACGAAGCAGACUGCUCGCAAAUCCACCGGAGGCAAGGCUCCACGGAAGCAGCUGGCCACCAAGGCUGCCCGGAAGUCGGCUCCGGCGACAGGAGGAGUGAAGAAGCCCCACCGCUUUAGGCCCGGAACCGUGGCGCUGAGGGAGAUCAGGAAGUACCAGAAGAGCACUGAGCUUCUGAUCCGCAAGCUUCCGUUCCAGAGGCUUGUGAGGGAGAUCGCUCAGGACUUCAAGACCGAUCUGAGGUUCCAGAGCAGUGCUGUUGCGGCGCUUCAGGAGGCGGCGGAGGCGUACUUGGUGGGUCUGUUCGAGGACACCAACCUCUGCGCCAUUCAUGCUAAGAGGGUCACGAUCAUGCCCAAGGACAUCCAGCUCGCUCGUAGGAUCAGAGGCGAGAGGGCUUAAGAAAAUAAAAAUCCGCAAUUUCUUGGGUUUCUUGUUUCGAUAACUUGUAGUUGAUUUGGGGUUUUAAGAAUUUGAUUGUUACUCACAAUCAUGAAUUAGCUGCUGGGCUUGAAUUUGUAUAUCUUUUCGUGUUUUGAAAUGAAACGUUUGCAGUUGUUUAAUUAAAUUGUGAAGUUAUGUU